GGGAUUCGCUGCAGAGACAGAAGGGUCUUCAGAGGGAGGGACAGACACAAUGCAUUGCAGAUGCUGAGAUUUUUAAACCAAGAAAAGGAGACAUUCUCUGGCUUCUGGAGCAAAUUUAACCUCUACAUUUCUGGAUUACAGUGCAUCACAACAUUUUUUGAUGCUCUCAUACUGUGGAUAAUUUUUUUGCUUCAUUCUUGAGCUAUCACCAUGUACAGAAUUUCCAGGGAGUGGGAGUAUGUUCAGAGUUUUUGUGAACCUACAUGUUUGGGCCAUUUGUUCAGCAUUGAUCGUGUGGUAGCAGCCUGUCUGACUUCAGCUCCCCUGCAGCGGCACGUUUAACUGGUCAUCAUGGGCCGAACACCACACAGAGAUCAGAAAGAGGAGAAAGAGAGACGCAGCAGCAUCACAGCAGGAUCUCCCCUCGACAAAUCUAAUGAAUCAUUCAGAUGGGAAGACUAUCUGAGAGAAACGUCCUCGACUGCAGCCUCACCGACUUGCUUCAAACAGUCCAGAAUCCCCCCCUCUAAUGACUUUAAAGCGGGAAUGAAGCUUGAGGCACGGGACCCUCGCAACUCUAACUCUGUGUGCAUUGCAACGGUGAUGGGCAUGGUGGGCACUCGCCUACGCCUGCGUCUGGAUGGAAGUGACAACACCAACGACUUCUGGAGACUGGUUGAUUCGUUAGACAUCCAGCCAAUAGGAACCUGUGAGAGGACCGGAGACAUGCUGCAGCCACCGCUGGGUUUCAGGAUGAAUGCUUCCUCAUGGCCCAUGUUCCUCCUGCGGACGCUGAGUGGAGCAGAGAUGGCCCCUGCCUCUGCUUUUAAAAAGGAACCAGCCACAGCAGUUAAAAACUACUUCCAGCCUGGCAUGAAGCUGGAGGCGGUAGACAGGAAGAACCCCUACCUGAUUUGUCCCGCCACAGUUGGAGAGGUCAGAGGUCUGGAGAUUUUCGUCAUGUUCGACGGCUGGCGAGGCGCCUUUGAUUAUUGGUGCCACUUUGACUCCAGAGACGUGUUCCCUGUCGGCUGGUGUGCCCUGACGAAACACAGUUUACAGCCGCCUGGAAAUUUCUUUACGCUCCCUGGGGCACUGCUUGCUCCGGUUUCUUCCACAUCAUCCUCCCUCACUACACGUCGCUCCUCUUCCAACUGUUCCUCUUCCUACAUGCAGACCUCAUACCGACUUCCAAACCCCUUGCCCCCCCUCCCUGUGCGCAAGGGGGUCCGUGGUCGUCGUCCCAAAUCCCUGACCAUUGCUUUGUUGAAGGCAGCGGCUGAGGCUGCAGCGGCAGCAGCAGUAAAUGGAGCAUCAGCGAGUCCUGUCAGGACGAGCUCUGAGGCUCCUCUGGCCCCCAGACCACACAAAAAGCGAGGGCCCAAGCCUCGGAACAAGUUUGUUUGUGUUUUGGUUCAGAGGAAGCCAGGGGUGUUGAAAUCUCUGGGGACACCGGCAGUUACAGCCCCCCCUCCAGAGACCAGACUAACCCCCGGACACGCCUCAGCAGACAACAACCAUAGCAACAGCUCAAAUGUAGUUUGCACAGUGUGUGUCUAUGUGAACAAGCACGGGAACUACGGCCCGCAUCUUGACAGAAAGCUAGUGCAGCAGCUGCCCGACCACUUUGGGCCGGCUCCAGUCAACGCAGUGCUGCAGCAGGCUGUUCAGGCCUGUGUGGACUGCACGUACCAGCCCUCUGUGAUGCUGUCCUUCCUGCAGAGCCAGUCCCACACAGGAGGAGAGGUCAUCAGAGUGCGGUCAGAGCAUGGUAUCCGCUAUGUGAAGCUGCCCUCGGCCUCCAGUACGUCGUCUGUGCUGCGGUUCUUGGAGAACAUGUGCCAACAUCUGGAGAGUGACAGUUUGUUCAGCUCCCAGCCGUUCAGCUCCUUCGGCAACAACACACGCUUUUACAACAGGACCAAGUCAGAACCACUAUCCCACCCUGAAAAUGGCCUGUCUAAAGAAGACUCAACAAAGGAUGCUGCUCCCAGCACCCACCCCUCUCACACAACCUCGGACUACAGAGUAACAAAGAAGGAGCGGCCAUAUUACCCCGGACACUCGCACACGCCGCCACCCCUCAGACGCGUCAGUUCAAACCCCACUGAGCUUGGCCAGAUGUGUCCACCCAGACGAGUUGAGGGUAGGGUUACUAAAUCCGCUAGCUCGACGACAGGCCCAGACCACGUGAAGCAGGACAAGGAGGGUUCAGGGAGCGACACCUCUUCCUGGUCAGUUGACGAUGUCAUGCGGUUUGUCCAAGAGGCUGACCCCCAAACUCUCGGCCCGCAUGUCGAACUGUUCAGAAAACAUGAGAUCGACGGCAGAGCUCUGAUGCUGCUGCGCAGUGAUGUCAUUAUGAAGUACAUGGGACUGAAGCUGGGCCCGGCGCUCAAACUCUGUCAUCACAUUGAGAAGCUGAAACAGAGCAAACAAUAGAGGAUGAAGGAAAGCUUUUUACCUACUGGCAACCAAACCCACACAAAACACUUAUUGCUCUACACAGGGAUGUCGUGUAAACCCGCCUGACCCAGGGUCGUAGCUACCAUUGAGGACACUGUGGUAAAGUCCACUGUUUUUUUUUCUGUAUUUGGAGAAUGAAGGAAGUUUGAAAAUACAAACUUACAAAAUGAUGGCCAUUUAUUGAACUGAUUUGAUAAUUUUUUCACUUUUACAAAAUGUGACUACUUUUGGCCAAAUACUUCCGUAAUCUUAAAGGUCCCAUGUCAUGCUUUUCCGGUUAUUAUCCGUCCCCUUGUGUGUUAUGAAGGUUUUUAUGCAUGUAAACGGUCUGCAGAGUCAAACACCCUCAAAGUACACCCUGUAGCGAGUAAAACUCUAACACAGAAAAUACCUCCCCAAAUCGCCUCGUUGGAGAUUUCUCAUUUUCCAAUGUUUUCUUCCUGGGUAUCAUGACGUAGGGAUACCCAGUAGCUACGCCCAGAGCUAUGGCCG